GCCCGCGAACGCGGUGACUAUGAUUGGCAGUUGAUGAAAUCACCGUUACCCCAGUAAUUGACAGCGGAGGUGACUGAGAGAAAGAAAAAGCAAAAGCAACAUUUCUGUGGUACCACCGAGUGCUUCUUGACACCGGAAAAUUACUAGCUCAAGGAUGGAAAGAUUCUUCGGAGUCUUCGAUGGGGAAGAUGAUCAACUAGACAAGUUUGAAAGUAAAGGUGGCUUUCACAAUGCCGGAUGAACUUUUAAAAAUAGCCAUAAAUAUAAUUUACUCAGUAAUUCUUUUGAAUGAUACAGGAGAAUACAAGUUUUGUCUUUUAAAAAAACCGGGACUUAUCGACCUUCCCCGAAAACCCCCUUUCGAAGGACUGGCGGCAGAAGCAGCUUACAAUCAGCUCGCACUGCGCAUGCCCGCUUUCCAACCCGAUCCAGAGAAAUAAGGAAUUAUUGCUUUUCUCCUGGUUUUCCAAGCAGCCGUAAAAGAAGGCCAGGAAUUGACGAUUUACGGUAGAAUCGGGCGCUUUGUGAUUGGUCGAAUCUGGAAGGCCUGGGAGCCGCGGAGAACGGUUAACCACUUUUUCAUUCAUUCACCACGGCCACUGCUUUCUUGGCCGAGAACUUCGCUAAAACCCGGAGAGCGGACCCAAGCUAGUCGCAGAGCUGCGCAUGCUCCGUCUCCAAGCGCGGCGCGCGGGUUGCUGGGAUCGGCGAUGGUUGCUGCGUGAGGCUCGGCCUCUGCGACCCGCUGGUGGCGGCGGCCUAGGGAGGCGCGGCGGCUGCUGGGCAGGUGCGCUGAGGCUGAGGUGCUAUGAGCUUUCAGAACUUCUGGAGAGACUACAAAGUUCUGGUUGUUAUGGUGCCCUUAGUUGGGCUCAUACACCUGGGGUGGCACAAAAUCAAAAGCAGCCCUGUUUUCCAAAUACCUAAUAAGGACGUUUCUGAGCCAGAUAGCCUGUCACUUGCAAGUCCUCAGAAGGACCACAUCCAAGGGAAAUAGCAGGCUUGCAUUUUUCAGAAAGAAGCAGCUUUGAAUCUGAGUUUGAUAUUGAAAGAAGAAAUGAAAAACACCAGUUGGAUUAAAAAGAACUGGCUUCUUGUAGCGGGGCUUUCUUUCAUAGGUGUUCACCUUGGAACAUACUUUAUACAGAGGGCUGCAAAACAAUCUGUAAAAGCUCAGUCUGGAGGCAAACAAAAGAGUAUUGAAGAAUGAAGUAAAAUACUUGGAAUUACUAAUAUAUCAUUAAAUCUUUACAUGCUGAUUAACUUCAUAAACAUGGAGCUAUUUAAUUUUAAAGCCAUAAUGCUGCAUAUUCAGCCUUUCAUACCUGAAGAAUGCUAUUUUCAAAUGUUAAAACCCAUGACUACACAAUAAAUAGAAAACUAUGGUUAACUAAAUAAAAGCUGUCUUCACAAAUUACCACCUGAAGUAAGAUGUCUCGUUUAGAAGCUAAAAAGCCGUCAUUGUGUAAAAGUGAGCCACUGACAAGUGAGAGGGUCAGGGCCACACUUUCUGUCUUGAAAGGAAUCGUAGCAUCGUGCUAUGGCCCUUCAGGUAGGCUGAAGCAGCUGCACAACGGCCUGGGGGGCUGUGUGUACACAACCUCACACUCGUCGGCCCUGCUUGCUAACUUGUCCGUCACCCACCCCAUUUUAAAGAUCCUGACAACUUCCGUGCAGAAUCAUGUGUCAUGCUUCAGUGAUUGUGGCUUAUUCACAGCCAUUCUUUGCUGCAACCUGAUAGAAAAUGUUCAGAAAACAGGCUUGAUGCCCACCACUGUCAUUAAAUUAAAUAAGCAUCUUCUGAGCCUCUGCACCAGUUACCUCAAGACAGAGGCCUGUGGUUGUCGAAUCCCAGUUGACUUUAGUAGUACUCAGAUCCUCCUUUGUUUGGUGCGCAGUAUAUUAACGAGUAAACCUGCCUGUAUGCUCACCAGGAAAGAAAUAGACCACAUAAGUACUCUGAUUCUGAGAGCCUUUUUGCUUACCAUUCCAGAAAACGCCGAAGACCACAUCAUUGUAGGAAAGAGUAUAAUUGUACCUUUAAAAGAUCAAAGAGUUAUAGAUUCUACUGUAUUACCUGGAAUACUUAUUGAAAUGUUUGAAGUUCAGUUGAUGAAGAUACUACCUCUCAAAAAGUCAGGUUCCCUCAAGGUGGCACUCUUUCGUGCAUCUUUAUCUGGAGACCUUUCUGAUACUGGAGAAGGAACUGUGGUGAUCAGUUAUGGGGUUUCUCUUGAAAAUGCAGUCCUGGACCAAUUGCUUAACCUAGGAAGGCAGCUAGUUAGUGAUCACAUAGAUCUUGUUAUGUGCCAAAAAGUUAUACACCCAUCUUUGAAACAGUUUCUCAGUAUGCAUCAUGUUAUUGCUAUAGACAGAGUUGGAGUGGCUCUGAUGGAACCCCUGAGUAAAGUGACAGGAACACAGCCUAUUGGGUCCCUUGGCUCAAUCUCUCCUAGUAGCUAUGGAAGUCUCAAAGAUUUGUGCACUGCAAAAUUUGGCUUCAAACAUUUUUUUCAUCUUAUUCCUAAUGAAACAACUAUGUGCAGCUUGCUUCUCUGCAACAGAAAUGACACUGCCUGGGAUGAGUUGAAGCUCACAUGUCAAACAGCACUGCAUGUCUUGCAGUUAACAAUCAAGGAACCAUGUGUUUUAUUGGGAGGUGGUUGUACUGAAACUCACUUGGCAGCAUAUAUCAGACACAAGACUUUUAAUGAGCCGGAAAGCAUUCCCCAAGAUGAUGGAUAUACUCAAACAGAACUCCAACUAAUUACUGAAGCAUUUUGCAGUGCACUAGAAUCAAUUGCUGCCUCUUUAGAACAUGAUGGAGGUGAAAUUCUCACUGACAUGAAGUAUGGACACUCUUGGUCAGUGCAGGCAGAUUCUCCCUCUGUUGCUAACUGGCCAGAUUUGCUUUCAAGAUGUGGCUGUGGACUAUACAAUAGCCAGGAAGAACUCGACUGGUCUUUCUUAAGGAGUACUCGGCAACCUUUUCCACCACAAGCCUGCCUUCCAUGUGGAGCUGUGGGCUCAGCCAACAACCUGACUUUGGACUGUUUCACUGCUAAACUUAGUGGCCUGCAGGGGGCUGUGGAGACAGCCAAUUUGAUUUUGGAUAUUUCAUAUGUCAUUGAAGAUAAAAACUGAUGUAAGAGAAUAGCAGGUUUAUAUUAUAAAAAAAGAAAAAAUUGUCAGGUGUCAAUUAAGAAAAAUAUUGAGCGUGUUUGUUCUCUCCCAAAGGCCUAUUCUGCAUAUCUAAAUACAUGAUUCACAAAAUUAUAGAUUUGCUUGUAUAAGGAAAAAAGGUAUUAUUCUUAAAUAGAAAUACCAUAGAAUAAUAAAAUUAUGAAGCAUUAUUAAUCAUAUCGUAGUUAUCUUAGGGAUUCCACUGAUACCACUGUAUGUUGCUGUAAAUUUUUGUUAUUUUGACAUCAUUCUAAGAACAUUCAGAAAUUUUUUAAAAAUCAUAAUCUAUGCUUUAGUUCAUAUAUGCUUUUAUAUUUUUAAUUAGUAGUAAUUGCAUAUGUUUACAGUGUAAAAUUAGAUUCCAAAGUAUCAACAAAACACCUAGUACAUAUUGCUCAAUUAAAAGAAGUACCUAAACUGCACAUUUAGUAAAAUUCAGUGUUCUUUAUCUGAAACAAUAUUUAUUCAGUGUUUAGGUAGUUGAUGUAGAACCUGGUCUACCUGCAAAUACUAGUUCAUAUCACAGUUCUUCACCUGUGUUAUUUUGAUGAAAUGUGUGAUUAGGAAAAUAGAUUUUUUUCUAAGCAGUAUAGUGAAAAGAAGUGGAAAAGCUAUUUCUCUAGUUCAGUCAUAGUGCGAAAAAGAAACUAGAAUAGCUUCAUAGUCAAAUUAGAGACACUGAUGUUUCACUAAAGAAUGUAAUUUGAAUUUUAUGCAAAUACGAGGGGUAGUGAUAAAUUGAAGAAGAAUUUAGAAGAAAACAGAGUGCAGCUAAAGGUAUAAGCAUGGAGUUGUAACAGAUGCCUAUAUUAACCUUUAGGAAAACAUUUUGAAAAAUUUUGGAAAAUUAAACAACCUGAGAGUCAAUGAUCAGAUCUACAACCACAAUAGCAGGAGAUAGAAUUUUUAAGCAAUUUCUUCCAACAAUCUUGCAUUCCAAAAGAAUUUUUACUGUGAGCCAAAAUAAAAAUUGCAGUACAGACUCACAUCAAUGCAAUAUAUAUUGCAAGCUUCAUAAAAUAUUUCUCUAAAAUCUUAUUCCUUUUAUCAUUAGAGUCAAAUAGACGGCGACUGUGGUGGGCAGCCUCUAAGAUGGCCCCUCAGUGAUCCUGCCUCCUGGUUUUCUGACCCUUGCAUGAUCCCCUCCCCUUGGGUGCAGGCUGGAUGUAUGACUCAUUUGAGUCUCCAUUUCCCCCUUUGUGAACCCGAAUGUCUUCUUGAGGUUAUUCAUGCCUGAUCCAUCAUUGUAUGUUGGGAGUGGAAGACAGAUAACGGUCUCAUCAACUUCAUGGGUCUUCAGAUGGAGAGAACUGUGCUUCAGAAGCUGUACUUAAGGAAUUACACCUGGGGAGCUUCACUCACCCUGAUCUGAUUUCGGUAGUAAGAUUCAGUGAUAGACUUCAAGUUGAUGUUGCAAUACAAUGAGACUUGGGAAUCUGAGGAAGGUGUACAUGUAUUUUGCAUGUAGCCUGUAAGAUGGCUCCCAAUGAUCACACCUUGUGGUAGUCCACCCUUUGGGUGUGGUUGGGACCUAAUGACUAGCUUUUAAUGAGUAGAAUACAGCAGAAAUGAUGGGAUGUCACUUCUGAUGUUAGGAUGGUCUUCUCACUUGAUCUCUCACUUGUUCGCUCUGAUGGAGGCCAGCUGCCAGGUUGAGAACUGCCCUAUGGAGAGGCCCACAUGUAGCAAGGGACUAAGGAAGGCUUGUAGCCAACAGCCCCCGUGAAAUUGAAUCAUACCAUAGAGUAAAUCUGGAAGCAGAUCCUCCCUAGUGGAACCUAAGGAUGAGUGUCGCCCCUGCCAACGCAGCCACCUGAGAGGCCCUGAAGCAGAGGAUCUAGAUAAGCCACUCCUGGAUUGAUUCCUGACCCAGAAAAUCUGUGAGAUAAUAAAUUUUAAGUCAAGUUUUGGGUGUAAUUUGUUAUGCAGCAAUAGACAUCUAAUAAAGCUAGGAAUAAAAGCUUAUUUAUAAUUAUAUCCUGAAAGCUUGGUCACAUAUUGGAAAAAAGCAUCCUCGAUGCCAUGAUUUUGCAUUUGCACCAUCACUUCCAACAUAAAGGCAGUAUUCUUCAUCACACAUGUUUACAGUGAGGGUUUUACAUUCACUUAAGAAGGUGUGUCACAUAAUAUGGGCAUUGUCCUGGGUCUCCUUGACCCUCUACUGUGUUUCCAAGUUGCUCCCUGAAGAGAUGCCACAGUGAACCUCUUCAAUUCAUCUUCUCUGUUCAGGACCUCCGCUUCUCGUGCUAGCCAUUUUUAGCUCUGUCAUUUUUAGCUUUGCCAUAAAAUUCAAUUACAUUCCUUGGUGGAACAUCAUUGCUGUCAUUUUGAAUGUGUCAUAAAUUUGAAAUUUUUAAUAAAUUUGUUUUCUGAAGUUGUGUACAUUUCUUACCAGAAAAUACUGUAAAUAAUUAAAAAAAAAACUUCCUUUAUGGAUCAAGAAAAUCAUUAUUCAAACUUAGAUGUUAAAAUAUGAGAUGAAAAAUAUUGACAAAAAUAAUUUCAAAGGAAAUCCUUUUAACAGAAAUAAAUGAUAGAAAACAGAAACAAAGUUAAGCCUCAGGCACUGUUUUGUGACUUAAAGUAAGAUUGAGGUCUGAAUAUUGCAUUAUGAGGUUCCUCGGAAGACAGAACAGAAAACCCUGAUAGCUACAAAAAAAAAAAAAAA